AUGCCACGUCACCCAAUAGUCUCUCUUCAGAGUUCAGACCAUCAUCUCAUAUAUAUUUACCGCGGAAUCUUGUUGUGCAUUGAGUUGAAUUUAAGCUACUGUAUAAUUCCACGCGAUUUGUAUAGCAGCUGCAGAGAGGAAGAAGACUGUUAAUGGAGGUGGAUUCAUCGAAGCAAGAGGAGAAGAAGACGGUGAUGGCUCAUCAGGAUCGCAACCCGGACAAAAAACGUAGAAGAAGAAUCAUAUGUCUGGUGGUGAUAUCAGUGAUUUUAGCUUUAGCCCUAAUUUUCACGAUUCUGGGGCUCACAGUAUUCAAGGCCAAGCGUCCCGUCACCACCGUCAAUUCCGUCGCUCUUACCGAUCUAGAUUUCUCACUUGACAUAGCCAGGUUCAGGGUUCACUUGAACGUCACAGUCGACACCAGCGUCGCCGUGAAGAACCCUAAUAGAGUGGGGUUCAAGUACAAAAACAGCACUGCGUUGUUGAAAUACAGAGGCAUCAUGGUGGGUGAAGUCCCCAUUCCGGCCGGAAAAAUUAGCGCCCGUGACUCGAAAAUCUUGAACUUGACGCUGACACUUAUGGCGGAUCGGGUGCUGUCCAACUCCAAUUUGUACUCCGACAUAUUGUCUGGUACGUUGCGUCUCCAGACUUACACGAGAAUUGCUGGAAAAGUGCGCAUAUUGUUCAAUAUUCAUGUUGUCUCCUACACCACUUGUGAUUUGGAAAUAAGUAUUUCCAGUAGGAAUGUUACUAAACAGCAAUGCCAGUACAAGACCAAAUUAUAGUCUAUACACAAUCUAUCAAUGAAGAGGAGAAGAUAUAUUAUAUGUGUUAAAGGGGUCAUCCAAAUUUGUUGGGAACAGCUUAUUUUCUUGUUGUCUAAUAGAAACAUUAUCGAUAAAUCUUUAGAUAGAUUUAAGCUAUCUGUUUUUUGUUAAUAUGAAAUUAUUAUUUAGUGAACUUAGAUCUUGUAUUUAAAGAGGGUAAUGCUCAGUUUGUAAAAAUGUUUGAUUAUUUCCACUACACACUUUGGAGAGGAAGAAA